AUGGAGUUUGUUGAUCGAUGUAUGCAAGCAAAAGCUUUCGACCAGACAAAAGCUGGAGUGAAAGGUCUUGCCGAUUCUGGAAUCACAGAGAUUCCUGCCAUGUUCCAUGCACCUCUCUCUGCUUUAACAAGCCUGAAACCACCACCUUCGCAGCUAACUAUCCCCACCGUCGAUCUUAACGGAGGAAGCUUGUGUUGCAAGAAACAAGGCAUGCGGAGGAGUAGCGUGGUGGAGGAGAUUGGAGAAGCAUCUGAGAAAUGGGGUUUCUUCCAGGUGAUCAAUCACGGUAUACCCCUCGAGAUGUUGGAGAGGAUGCUCCAAGGGAUUCGUACGUUUCAUGAACAGGACUCGGAAGCUAAGAAACGGUUCUAUACUCGUGAUUUCAGUAACGACAUUUAUUACGCUAGUAACUUCGAUCUCUACACUUCUCAGGGUGCAAGUUGGAGAGACACUGUGGGUUGUUAUACCGCCCCUAACCCUCCUAGACUAGAGGACUUGCCUACGGUUUGUGGGGAGAUUAUGUUGGAGUUCUCAAAACACAUGAAGGCUUUAGGUGAACUGCUCUUCGAGCUUUUAUCAGAGGCUUUGGGGUUAAACUCUAGUCACCUCAAGGACAUUGAUUGUGCCAAGUCUCAAGUGAUGUUUUGCCAAUACUACCCACCUUGCCCUCAGCCUGACCUAACUUUAGGCUUAAGCAAGCACACCGAUUUUUCGUUUCUCACCAUUCUACUUCAAGACAGUAUUGGAGGGCUUCAAGUUCUCCAUAACCAAACUUGGAUUGAUGUUCCUCCUGUCCCUGGAGCUCUGGUGGUUAACAUUGGAGAUCUUCUCCAGCUUAUAACCAAUGACAAGUUCAUAAGUGCUGAGCAUAGGGUGGUAGCGAAUGGAUCUUCUGUACCGCGGAUUUCAGCGCCAUGUUUCUUCAGCACGUUCAUGAAGGCGAAUCCUCGUGUCUACGGGCCCAUCAAAGAGCUUCUGUCUGAAGAAAACCCUGCCAAGUACAGAGACUUAACCAUCAACGAGUUUGCAGAUAUCUUCAGGUCAAAGACGAUCAGUACUCCUGCGUUACAUCACUUCAGGAUCUAAAGCAUGUUGUGAAUCAGUAUCUUCUUUGACAAAAUCAUGGUUUGUCUCUCUCUAUGUAGUAUUUGUUGUGGCAUUACGUGUCUUCUGUCUCCUUUGUACGACAUAAUAAUAAUAAUCAUGCACAAC